AUGCCAGACUUGCGAGGAUUCGCACUACUUCUGUGUUGGCUUGAAGUCUGCCAUUUGGGUGGGCAAUACUCAGCUCAAUUCUGGCUCAUUUAUAGCAAUCCAGCUUCAGAUGUGCCCACAAUCUCACACGAUGUUGAUAUUCCUAGUGUCAUUUCUGCAGAACAGAAGGAUCGCCUCCUCAAAUUACCUCCCCAUUACACAUAUUUCAUUCCUCUCUCGAGCCUCCCUGUCUCUGUUCUUGUCAACUCCACACCAACUCUUCCUGAUUUUGAUCCUGCACUCACCAAACUCAAUACCUGCAAGUUUUUCUCCUCCGUCAAAUGCAAUACCUCCGAUUUCGCUAGCAGCUUCUUCCAACACUCCAUCCCACCUCUCCAUUUGUCAUCUCGACUUCUGGACACAUUCAACCAGGCUGUACAUGACGGAGCAAAGUCUGUGUGCGACCCACAUUUUCCAGGCAAUUUGCCAUGCUGGGUCCUUACCUAUUGGUAUGAUGUAGGCCAUGCAGUUGCCUCAAAGCAAACAUGGUCUCUCGCAUGUAAUUGGUUGGCACGCUGUGGCCUUGGUAGUCCUGAUAUUGAGCUUGCUGCUGCAAUUGAUGAAAUAUCUUGCACAUUGCAGACUCUUGGAUGGGACACAGCAUUGCGAGGUCCUGGAGCAUUCCUUCAGACAUUGGAUCUUGCUGAAUUCCUUGACUCGACACCAAUGAAAGGCCGCUUUGUUGAUGCCAUGGUCAAUGAGAUCUCACAUCGCAUUCAGUCCAACACUCAUCUCUGCAAGACAACAGUUGUUGAAGAGUUGAUGGGCUUCACGAGGAUCCGUGAACUUGGUGAUUUGUUAUGUGAUGGAAAGCUCAUGUCUGUUAUAUUUCCCAUCAAUAUCAAUGACGUACACUGGACAGUUUUUUUGGUGGAUGCAAAAAACAGAGAAAUAUGUUAUGGUGAUUCUUUGGGUUGGACAUGGCCGAGAGAUGAUGUUGAUUUAAUUCAAAAGUGGCUGCAUGAGCAUGGCUUUACAUCAUUUUCGAAAGGUGUGGAACUUCCUCAUGGCCACCAAGAAGAUGCAUACUUGUGUGCAAUUGCCAUGAUAAAUAUCAUACAUCACCAGCUCUUUGACACCCCUCUGUUUAUGGAUGAUAAAAAGGACCUGCUUCACAUGCAGGAGCUCAUAUUCCUCCUCCAUGGUCACUUUUCCAAGGACGAUGAGGACAAUGAUGUAUAUAUGUCAGACUACUCUCCUUCAUCACCCUGUUUGUCUCACACAACUUCCUACUCACACUCUCCAUCCCUGACACCUUCUUUGCCCCCUCUGCAGUCUCAGGCCACAGCUCUCAAGUCUCUCAAGUCGUGUCCAAAAAUCACACUUAAUUAUCGUGUCUCACCUUCUGAGCCCAAGACGGGACUCCUCAAGCACUUCGGCAUCGUCUCACAUGAGGAUUAUCUUGCCGAUAUCCAUCAGUGUGACCUCAAGCACAAAGACAAGCAACACGACAUCAAAUUUUCGAGAGCACUUAAGGAUGCUGAGCAUAAACACCAGAAGCGUAUAAAUGACAGGGACCGCCAGCAUGCACACCGAGCUCGUGCAAAAGAGUUGAAACAGUCAGCCUCUGAAAACAACACCCAAGUUCACUCCAAGUCAGAUCCUGAUACAUCCGCUCUCCAAUCAAAGUUUCUCGUCAAUAUCGACCAAACCAACAUUGUGUACCAGCCUGCAGGUGGCAGUACAUACAAGCUGAUCGGCUCGAAACAAGUUGCUAUUGUUGGUCAGGAAGAGAAAUGUGUCUGUACUCUUCUCACUGGGAUAUCUGCAGGCGGUGAUCUUCUCCCCUUCCAUAUUGUUUACGAUGGCAAAUCAAAAUGGUCUCUUCCAUCAUCCAAUGCACCAUCUUACGAUGAAGCACUCGACAUGAACUUUCAAUUCGUAUUCUCAAAUACAGACACAUACUGGGCCACAUUCCAGACCAUGUGUACCUACGUUAUUGGGAUCCUAGUAUCAUUCUGGAUGGAGAAGAAACAGCAGCGAGGUGUCUCGCUUGAUCAACCAUGUAUCCUGCAGCUCGAUUGCUGGGUUGUUCAUUGCUCUAUUGCAUUUCGCACCUGGCUGGAUGCCAACUACAAUUGGAUCCAUUGCCAUUUUGUUCCUGCAGGCACAACUGGUGUUGCACAGCCCUGUGAUGUUGGCAUUCAACACCCACUCAAGCUGGCUAUCAAGGAGCUGCAGCACAGUGACAUUGUUUCAGAAACAGUAUCUCAACUUGCAGCUGGAAAGAUCCCAGGCGACAUUUGA